AUGUCACGAGUAAAGAGGCAAGAAAACCCCAAUAAUGGAGAAUUGGUGUUGAUCGGAACCGCAAAAGUCGGUGUCUUCUGCUCUAAAGCUGAAGGGAGCGAAAAAGUGAGCCGAGGAAUCGUGGAAGGAUUGAAACGAACAUAUCGCGAACAAAAUUAUAAAGAGUACGAUAGCUCCAGUUACAUUCCAGUUCUAUUAAACGAAACAGAAUUGAAGACGAUUUCAGAAUCUGGCAGCAAAGAUUUCCAGCAGCUCAACAAUUUAACGAUUCAUGCAAGAUACUCCGAUGGUGAAGUGUAUUGUAACGUCAGAAACAGCCAGAAAUUGAAUGACGAGAAAGGGAUCGCGGACUGGAAAGAAAAGCUAACCCAUUGCAAGAGAAUCAGUUUGGACCAAUUGCUUAAACGUGAAGAUAUCACGGAACUACUCGACCACCUUCUGUCAAUACCUGGUCUCUGGGAAGGUUUGGAGUUGGGAAAUAUUCAGAAGAAUUUAGCCUUACGCUGUGAUGAGGAAAUUGCGAGAUAUUUAGAACAUAUUCUGUCGGUCUGGGAGAAAUUAACUCUGAGUGAUGGAACGAUUCAAAGGGCGGCAGAUGUGAAGACAGUCCGACUCUUGCAACUUCGGGUCCCUUCUUUGAGUCGCAGUGACAGGGAAUUUAUCAAAUCCGAAAUGGCAUCCGGCAAACUGUUUCCCAAUAUAUUUGACCCCAAAGCAAGGAAAGAUAUAUUAGAGGCCAUACUGAAGGUGGACUGUUUGAUUCCAAGUCUCAAAACUAUGCAUGAGAACCUCAAAUACUUGGAAGUUGGUGCAAAAAUAUUGAAGACUCUUCUCAUCGCGAAGAGUCCACGCCUCACCAUACACAGUGCCCUACGUUCGGCCUGGACCUAUAAUAGUGAGGUGCUUGUUGAUAAUAAGGAUAAAAAAGCAUGCCUCAAAACAACCCAUUCGGAUGAAUCCGCAUGGGACAUUAUUUACAAGCAAGUUUGGAUUUCUGCACUGAGAAAUUUCUCUGAGUUAGGAGGACGCGCGCCCAGAAAGGAAAAUAGACUACCACCAUACCAGCCCACAGUGGACCCGGUACUACAAUAUGAAUUUGUAAAGUUUGCCAAGGACUCGGGGAUCAAUACAAGGAAGAUUGAGAGUAGACUACAGAGCGAUCCUAGACACAAAACAUUGCUGGCAUCGAUCGGCAAAUUAUACCCCUUUCAUACGCAGGACAAAAUUGAAAGCGUAACCGCUAGCUUUGUGAAAGAUCUACCAAUCAUCAACUCGAAUGGUUUCUUCUCAACUAAAACUGAAGAGCCUUGCAACAGGGUUGAUUUAUCAUCACCAAUAGACUUGAGUCGUCGAUGGGGUGUUCCUUUUGAAAAACAUUAUGCCGCGGGGAAGGAAGAUUUCUUCCUUCACAAUCUUUCGAAGACAUCAUGCGCAAAAGAAGAUAUGCCUAACCAUUCGUUCAUUUUAAGUGAUUUCAUCUCCUCAUUCUUUGGAAGAACACCUCAUUUUGAAGCAGGUCAGAUGCUGAACUCUAACAAGCAGGCAACUUACGAUUCAAAGGCUCAAAUUAAUACCGUCAAAAGCUCGUCUUUCUCUUCGAUUCAUAAAAAUGAUGAUCGUACAUCUCUUUCCGUCGCCCCCGUGGAUCAAAGAAUCCUUCAAUCUACCACAUCUCCCAAGACAUCUCAAUCAAAAAAUGCAAGUCCAAAUGACGGACUGGAUGUAUUUGACUCCACUGUAUCUUCUGGUGGACCACAAGAUACCGUAACGGACCAAAAUCGAUUCCAAAUCGAGUUAAUGAACAAAAGUUUAAACUCAGAAAUAGACCCAAACCUCAUAUCAGCAAUAAAUAAAGAGCUACUGGGCCAUCUUGAGCAGAUCAAAGCAAGUAGUGAUAACCAACUUAGUAUCCAAGAAACCGAUAUUCAUGAGGAUGAAAGCGAUUUCAUGAGAAAAUCUUCACUUGUUCAAAUACCAAGGGCGAAUCUGCCGGAAGCAAUGGAACAGGAAAAUAUUAAAGGGAAAGGAAAGGAAAUAUUUGAUUCACAGAGUUUGGCGGUGGCCACAGAGAGAUUUCAAAGAUAUAGAUCGCCAGUCAUAUCAAUGGCAUCGGAAACAUCUUCAUCAGACAUUGAUAGUAUAACCUCCAAGCAUAGAUUAACUUCUGGUGAUAGAACCCCCAAUCUAGACAUUGGAAGCAUCACAUGGAAGCCGGAAGAGAGCCCUACUUCAAAUUUAAGAUCACCAGGACCAUCGGACGUCUUACCAGUCGCAUCAUCACUCGGAAAUGUAGUUAGCCCCAGCUAUAAUCAAUCAGCGCCCCAGUCAGACGCUCGCAAUCAAGAUAUGGAGGACAUAGCAUUGUUGACGUCGGAAAGAGCUCGGUCACCCGCAUUAUCAAUAGCUCCACCCAGUCUAUCUCCGAACCAUAAGAUAGGUUACCCAUACCAACCACUGGAGAAGAGAUCCGGUCAGCAAACCGUUAUCAUGCAACCAAGACUACAAGGUUCCCCUCUAGCAAAGGAACACGAUCAUGCCGCCAAUUUUUCCAGGCAGAAAACAAGCUCGGCAGUUUCUCAUACUGCCAAAAUUGAACAGAAAGCCAUCACCUAUGAUGAAUGGAGGCCUGAAACUCCACAGCGAUCACCAAUAGUGUCAAUGAUAGGCACUGAACCAAUUUUGUGGCAAGACAAUAUAGUUUCCAAGAGGCUCGCUACGAUGCAGCCAGCAGUGUCUACGACAGGAGAAGGGAUCACCAUCGGCCCUCAAAACAUGAAAAAUCUUACACAAGAUCCAAGCAAUAGAUCUGAGCCUUUGGCUUUGCGAUCUCCUGUGCAGCUAGUUAAUUAUACAACACAACAAUACGAAGGCCUUAUAGAGUUUGCCAAUUCGAACACAUCAGAGACAAGCCUUUUAGCUAAGCCCCAAGAAGACGACCAGGCGAUGGACUUUGAACCAACAAAUAGCCUAGUUUUAUCAUCACGGUCAAAUCGAGUACCUAACAUGACUGAUGAAGAUGAGAACAUGGAAGAUAUAUCAUCAGUUGGUUUGGAAAUGGAACUUCCCAAAGAACCAAGGAGAUCAAUUCCAAUAGCUGCAACAGUCAGUGAGGCAGAGGAUGAACCUAUGGAGGACCCAAAACCAGGUAAUCUGUCUGUCACUGUUGAAGAAGAGGCGAUAGUACAAGAAACAUCAACAGUUCUUUUGGCAAUAGAACUUCCAAAAGAACCUAGAAGAUCAAUGCCUAUCCCUCUCCCUCCAGAAAUGACACCAACUGCAAUCGUCGACGCGAAAAAUAACAAUUCAGAUGAGAAUACUUCAGAACGGACAGGAGACAAAAUUGCGAAUAAGGCUUUGUUGACUCCAGCAAUAUCACUCCCAGUUAACAAAAGGGCGCUGGCUAUUUUGGAUGCCCCAGUUCAAGGAGUCGCCGAGGAUGUAGAAGACAGCCCAGUCUCAGGUUUUUCAAACAACAGCUCAAUCCCUUCUCAAUUGUGGAUCAAAAUAAAUGAGUUUAAUGGAAUGAGAAGUCAGCUACGGACUUUCGAGACGAUGACGGACGUUGAGCUUUAUCUUAAUAGGCGUCAUGAUUGGGCAUUAUUGAUUGACACCCCUAAUUCUAGAGGCUGGAAAACCAUAUCCGCUAAGCAUUUUCUCAAACAUAUCAAAACAAGAAGCACUGCUCGUGAUACGUACUAUUGUUUCCAACGUCGACAUUACGAAAAGAUAAAAAGCCGAUCAAGAGGUAAAGGGUUCAAGCAUUCAGGAAGAACAGAGUCUAGCAAGGAAAAAUCUGAAAAGAUGAAGACAGAGAGAGAGGUCUUUCUGGAUAGAAGAAAGGAUUCAUACAAGAUCAUUAGAAAGAAAGAGCAGCCAGUAAGGUGGGCGAAAACAAGUCAGUCAUCAAGAGUUCAAAUACAGUCUGAGGAAAACAAGGAUCCUGAGCAAUCAGAAGAUGUGAAUUCCCUAGAAGAAAAAAAUAAGCAGGAAGAAAAAGAAAAGAUGCAUUCAGAAGAAAGGAAACAAGAUGAAAUUAUCUCUGCACAUAUAGUAGGAGAAUUGGGACAAACGGAAAAUGCAGAACCGGCCUUCAUAAACUCAAAGGGAAAAGAGUGUUCAGAGCCACUAGAAAUAAGUUCAAUUAGCUCUGAAGAGUUAUUGAAGACAGUUUACACACUGGCAGAAAAAAAGCAAUCAAAUGAAAAAGAGACGCCAGACGACGUAAAACCAACUGUUAUCCGAUCUGACGGAUUUGAUCAUUCAGAGCCAUCAGAGACGCCAGAUAUUGCCAGGAAUGGCAAGAGGAAACAUUCUCCAGCUCUCGAUCAUAUAAAAAAUGGUAUAAGAAACAGGGAACUUCCGGAAUCUAGAAUUUCGAAGAUGAGGAGACUUUCAGAAGAUCACGAUACAAAGAAAAGGAGACCUCGAACACCUGGCGUAAGGGAGCCUGCAACACAACCUAGGAUAAUAAAGCCUCGUCCUAGUCCUAUUUUUCUAAAGAGAACAACUACAAAUGAAAGAUCACAAGAACUGGUGAGCAUAAAUGAAAUAGAGAGUGGAGGACCUCGAGGGUCACCAGAGCUAUUUCCGGUCGAAGAUUGA